AUGCAGUCACUGGCCACAAAGGAACUCUCAUUCCCUGAGGAGGCUCUUGCGAAAAUCCAGGUCUUCGAAACCGACCUUGCAAAACCUCAGCUCGGGCUGUCGCCAGAAACCUACAAGAAUCUACUGGAGUCUACCACACACAUUCUGCACAAUGCGUGGGCUAUGAGUAUCAAACGGCCGGUCCAGGGCUUUGAGUCACAGUUUCGUAUUAUGCGGAACUUGAUCGAAUUCGCCCGCGAUCUCUCUUCACUAGGCGGUCCCCCGGUGAGCUUCCAGUUCAUCUCGUCUAUCGCCACUGUUGGGCAUUACCCAAUCUGGAAACAAGACCCGCAUGUCCCAGAAGAGCGGUUGCCUCUUGAUACGGUACUCCCUAUUGGCUAUGGGGAUGCCAAAUAUAUCUGCGAGCUCAUGCUCGACCAUACACUUCACGGUGACUCGCGGAGGUUCCACACAUCGACCACCAUGAAUCAGCUGCCUGAUCUGCAUGGGCCACUCUCCUGGACGCCUGUGGACGAUGUGGCCGGCGCACUGGUCGACCUCCUCUUUGCCGAUGACCCUUAUCCGAUUUACCAUAUCGACAACCCAAUCAGGCAGCCAUGGCAGGAAAUGCUUUCCAUUCUCGCCGAUGCCCUCGGAAUCCCGUCGGGCAACCGCCUGCCCUUAGACGAAUGGGUGGCUUUAGUACGAGACUUCCCCGCAAAUGCCCUUGACAAGGAUCAAAACCCAGCCACGAUGCUAGCUGAUUUCCUUGAACAUGAUUUCCAACGCAUGUCGGCGGGUGGUCUUCUUCUUGACACUACCAAGAGUCGAGAACACUCCCAAACUCUCCGCGCAGUCGGCCCAGUGAGCCCCGAGCUUGCGCGAAAGUUUAUCCAAUACUGGAAGAGUAUUGGGUUCAUUGCCUAG